AUGGACAAAGAGCACGCGUUGGAGGAGAUGAUGGGGAAACUAGGAGACUUCGGGAGAUAUCAAGGCUUCCAGUUUUUCCUUCAUAUAUUAGCUGCAAUGACGGCCGGUAUUCACAUGUUAUCUCUUGUCACUGUAGCCGCGGUGCCAGAUCAUAGGUGCGCCAUUAAAGGAGUAGACAGUCAAAACUAUACAGAACCCUGGAAUUCAUCGUUAGUAACACAGCUUAUUCCUCUUAAUGAUCACGGAAAGUUGGAAUCUUGUAAGAUGUACGCUGUAAAUAAGUCUCUAGAAGAUUGUCAGUCAUGGGUAUACGAUACUCAAUAUUAUACUUCAUCACGUGGUAUCGAAUGGGAUUUCGUUUGUCAUCGACGUUGGAUGGGCGCUGCUUCUCAAACAGUCUAUAUGUUUGGUGUAGUUCUAGGAUCAAUCGUGCUCGGACGUCUCUGUGAUUCAUUUGGAAGGAAAACCGUAUUUGUCUGGUCUGGUAUUCUUCAAUUACUCUUCGGAGCCUCUGUUGCAUUUUCUACGGGAUAUUAUAUGUUUGUUGUCAUAAGAUUCUUAUACGGGAUCUUUGGGUCUGGUUCUUAUAUUGCUGGAUUUGUUUUGACGAUGGAAUUAAUAGGUCCAAGUCGUCGUACAUUAUGUGGAGUGACUUUUCAAGUAAUGUUUGCUUUCGGUAUAAUACUUGUAGCUGGAUGGGGAUAUCUUAUAGAUAAUAGGUUUUAUUUACAAAUAGUAUAUGCCCUGCAUGCGGCUAUUCUUUUGCCUCAUUGGUUUUUAAUGGACGAAUCACCAAGAUGGCUUUGGGCGCAGGGUCGAGCUCGUGAAUCUGUAGCAAUUAUUGAAAAGGCUUUAAAAAUGAACAGAUCUAAUGAAGUUAUUGAUACACCUGCUUUAGUGUCUAAUUGUAAAUUAACUAGUACCAAAUACACAGAAGAUCAGUCAUCUGGAACUUUAGGUCUUUUUAGAACACCAAAUAUGUUAAAGAAAACGCUAAUUAUAUGUGGUUGUUGGUUUGCUAAUUCUGUAGUAUAUUAUGGCCUUUCACUUAAUGCUGGAAAAUUAAACGGAAAUCCUUAUUUUAUAAUUUUUCUAAUGGGCGUAGUUGAAAUGCCUAGUUACAUAAUAAUAAUGUAUUAUAUAGAUCGUGUUGGUCACAGAGCUCUCAUUAGCGUUAUGAUGUUAUUGGGUGGAAUAUCAUGUUUAGUCGUCGUUGCCCUUCCUCAUGGGUCUCCAGCGGCUACAGGAGUUGUCAUGAUUGGCAAAUUUUUUAUAUCUGGCUCGUAUUCUAUUAUUUACAAAUAUUCAGCUGAAUUAUUUCCUACAGUUGUUCGGAGUUCUGGAGUUGGGCUUGGCAGCAUGUGCGCUAGUGUAUCGGGCGCCUUGGCACCAUUAAUUAGUCUCCUCGAUACAUUAAAUCCAAAAGUUCCUACAAUAAUCCUUGGAUUCUUGGCCUUACUGUCUGGAUUUUCUACAUUUCUCCUACCCGAGACUAUUGGUCGUUCAUUACCUCAAUCUAUAGAAGAUGGAGAAAAAUUCGGAAUAGGCGAUACUUGCUUUACUAACUGCAGUGGGCGACGAAUGAGUGAAAUUUCAACAGAUAUUCCCGAAACAAUGAUUCCUUUAGAUGUCAAGAAAUCA